AUGAACAGACUCUGUGUGGUCGGUCCUGAGAGCCUACAUUUGCUCAAAACUCUUCGGACGGUGCUUGAAGGCAGCAAUAUUUUGUUAUGGUUUUACGUCAUCGACGUAAAAAGGGGACGUUCCAGCCAUGACCACUGGUGGAGAAAGCGUCACGUGCGCUAUGCAAAUGAGACAGCUGUCCGAGGGGAAGGAUCUGCUCAGCGGCUCUACGUGCUGAAGAUGGCGGACGAAGAGACCAGUCUCGGAACGGCCUUUUCAGGCGCCUCCGACAUGGAAGAACCCGCCGCGAAAAAGUCGAAAAUCAGUCCGGUAACUAACCACGGGUUCAAAGUCGCUAAAGCAGACCCGUUCUCAUGCGUCUCUGGGGACACAGAGAGCUGGGAGGCGGCGGUGAAUUGUGCGCAGCUAGCGGAGAAGGAAGCGAAGCCGGUGAUGGCGGUAGAGCAGGCCCCGGCAGCGCUAGGCGGAGACAACAAUGGACUGGGACUGCUGGUCUCCGAGCCACACAAACCAGUAGUGAAACUAGACGGCAGCGCUGUGCUAGGGACAACUGAGGAGAGUCCUGAAUUUCUCGGACAUGAUGAUAUACCCUCCAAUGGUCUGGCUGUCACACCGGACCACAUCAACGAGGACGAUGACAGAUCCUCUCAUGCAAGCUCCAGCGACUGGGCACCUCAACCCCAAAUAGGUUCCUACAAUUUCAUCCAGCAACACAUCAGAGAGACAGAUCCGAGGACCAUUCUGAGGGAUCUGCUGCCUGAGACUGUACUCCCACCAGAUUUAGACGACAUGACAUUGUGGCAGAUCAUCAUCAACAUCUCAGAACCUCCAAAAAGAAAGAAGCGGAAGGAUAUUAACACCUUAGAGGAUGUGGUCAGGCUACUCCAUGAAAGUAAAAGGAUCCUUGUGCUGACUGGUGCUGGGGUGUCAGUCUCAUGUGGAAUACCAGAUUUUCGCUCCAGAGAUGGAAUAUAUGCACGGCUUGCUGUGGAUUUCCCUGAUCUUCCGGACCCUCAAGCUAUGUUUGACAUUGAAUACUUCAGACGGGACCCAAGACCCUUUUUCAAGUUUGCUAAGGAGAUCUACCCUGGUCAGUUCCAGCCGUCGCUCUGUCACAAAUUCAUAUCUAUGCUGGAUAAGAACGGGAAGCUGCUGCGCAAUUACACGCAAAACAUUGAUACAUUAGAACAAGUGGCUGGAGUUCAGCGGAUUAUUCAGUGCCAUGGGUCCUUUGCAACUGCUUCCUGUCUUGUCUGUAAACACAAAGUGGGUUGUGAAGCUGUAAGGGAAGACAUCUUUAACCAGGUUGUCCCUCGUUGUCAGCGGUGUCCAGAUAUUCCCCUGGCAAUCAUGAAACCCGACAUUGUCUUCUUUGGAGAGAAUCUUCCAGAGAUGUUCCACAGAGCCAUGAAGCAGGAUAAAGACGAGGUGGACCUCUUGAUUGUCAUCGGCUCUUCACUUAAAGUCCGACCAGUUGCCCUCAUCCCAAACUCCAUUCCUCAUGAAGUGCCUCAGGUCCUGAUCAAUAGGGAGCAGCUGCCUCACCUCAACUUUGACGUGGAGCUACUCGGGGACUGCGAUGUCAUUGUCAACGAGCUCUGUCACCGGUUGGGUCAAGAUUUUGAGCAGCUCUGCUACAACACAGUAAGACUCGCUGAGAUCACAGAGAAACCCCCUCGGUUACCAGAACAGCCACCAAGUGAGGCCUUGCCUGCUUCCAGCGACGCGGCUCAGGAGGAGCAGAAGCAGCACAGUACAGACUCAGUAACUAAGCCUUUAGAGGAGACAGAACGUCCGAAUGUCACAGACACUGCUGGUAAUGUAACACCGCCAGAGCCUUGUCCAAAUGCCCAGUGUCCCAGUGAAGAGACGGCUGAGCCUUCAGAGAAGCCAGCAGAAGAUGCACCAAAAGAGGAUGCUGCUGAAGUAAAAAGCCAAACCUCCAACAUUGAAUUUCGUAGACGAUGCUGGAUGAGUCGAAUCAACAGAAGUCCAAUCAGCAAACGCCUUGAGACAGGCCAGUACCUGUUCCAAACACCGAAUCACUAUAUCUUCCAUGGGGCUGAGGUUUACUCCGACUCCGAAGAUGAGACGUCCAGCUCAUGCGGGAGCGACACCGACGAGUCCGAAUGCAGCGCAGAAGGGGUGGAAGAAGACAGCGAGCCAGAGGACGCCGACACACUAGCAGCAGAUGGAGAGACAUGUCUCAGAGACACAACACAACACACUUUAGCCAACGAGGCCUCAUCAAGUGCGCAGACUGGCAAUACUUCUGAAAAGACUCAGAGCACCACACAUGUUUAAAUGUAAAGUACGGGGUCGAUAAAGCACUA